GUAUAACAAGCUACUAUGUACUACAUUAAACAACAGCUGGACAGUGUGUUGUUGGAAGCCGGCUGGCGCGUUACGUCACGCGGGGCUUUGUCCAAUGGAAGCGGGCAGACUGCGCUUCAAAAGCAGCCCGACCCGCAGCGAGUCAUGGUGAAAGACGCAAACAAACCGAAAGGCAGGACCUCUGCGUACGCAUUCUUUGUCCUGUCCUCUAGGGAUGAGCUUAAAAAGAAGAGCCCUGGUACUUCAGUGAACUUUGGCAAGUUUUCCAAGAAAUGCUCAGAAGACUGGAAGGCUCUAACUCCAUCUGAAAAGAAGAAGUUUGAGGACCUGGCGAAGGCUGACAAGGCUCGUUAUGAUGAAGAGAUGAAGAGCUACGUUCCCCCAAAAGGCAUGGGAAAGAUGGGGAGAAAGAAGAAGGACCCAAAUGCACCUAAACGUCCCCCGUCAGCAUUCUUCAUCUUUUGUUCGGAACACAGACCAGCGGUGAAGAGUGAGCACCCAAACCUAACUAUUGGUGAGAUUGCCAAAAAGCUAGGUGAGAAGUGGUCCAAGCUGAGCACAAAAGAUCGUUCUCCCUUCGAUCAGAAGGCUGUCCUGCUGCGUGAGAAGUAUGAGAAGGAAGUCGCUGCGUACCGCUCUGGAGGCAGUGUUGCUAAAAGGGGCCCCGGCCGACCUACAGGCUCCACUAAGAAAGCACAUGCUGACGACGAUGACGACGACGACGAUGAUGAAGACGACGAAGAUGAUGACGAAGAGGACGAUGACGAGGAGGAUGAAGAUGACGAGUAAUUUGUGUUGUUGUGUGGGUGUUGACUCUGACAUGGUUUUGCAGGUUGACUUGCCUGGGUAGAGUUUAGUGUGCGUGUGUGCUCGUGUUGGAUUUUUCAUGUUGUCCAUUAUUUCAGGAUGAGCGGGGAGAUGCAUUUCUGGGUCUUUUUCUUUGUUUGUUUUAAACAGACUAAGCAAUAAUUUGGACAGGAAGAUGUUCUGAUUUUCUUUAUUUUUAUAAGUUUUUGUUUCAACAAUGUGUAGAGUACCUUUUUUAUGUAAUAAAGCUGUGGUCUUUGCACUCUU